CCUUACAAUCGUCGUGAGCGAGAACGCAACGCAAAAUGUAUAAUCGAUAUGAAAGGGCCAACUACCAUUAUCACAGACCCGGAAGAUGGCGAGGAGAAAAAGUUUGCAUUUGAUUUUAGUUACUGGUCACAUGAUGGCAGUAAGGAGAUGCCUGGGGGAUUUUACGGUCAAGACCCCUCACACCCUAAUGGCAGAAAAUUCUGUGACCAGAAACGUGUGUUUGAUGAUAUUGGUGUAGGAAUAUUAAAGAAUGCGUGGAAUGGUUAUAAUACUACAUUGUUUGCGUAUGGUCAAACUGGUAGUGGUAAAAGUUGGUCUAUUGUGGGUUACGGUGUCAAUAAAGGUGUUGUACCAAUGUUCUGUGAAGAAAUUUUUAAAGGAAUUGAAGAGAAAAAAGCUGCAGGUGCAGAAAUAGAAUUUGAGGUACAAAAAAACUUAUUUAGUUAUUCAUUUGCUACUAAAAUCUUUACUUUUAGUAAACUAGGUAUAAUGGGUAAGGAGAUGCCUGGGGGAUUUUACGCUGAUGGAUUACAUAUCACCCCUGUUGAUAGUUAUGAAGAAAUUGAAGAUAAAAUGGAAGAAGGAACUAGGAAUCGAACUGUAGCUGCUACCAACAUGAAUGCUACCAGCAGUCGAGCUCACACUAUUGUUGGUAUGACGUUCAUUCAAAAGUUUAAAAAUUCGGCUGGUGAAGAAACAACUAAAUCUGCUAUAAUUAAUCUUGUAGAUUUAGCUGGAAGUGAACGUGCUGAAAGUACUGGAGCUACUGGUGAUAGAUUGAAAGAAGGAGCUGCUAUUAACCAGUCUCUCUCUAGUUUGGGUAAUGUCAUCUCAGCUCUAGCUGAUAGAAGUUCCGGUAAAAAUACUAGAGUGCCUUUCAGAGAUUCGUGCCUCACCAAGUUAUUGAAGAAUGCUUUGGGUGGAAACAGUAAAACUAUUAUGAUUGCUGCUGUGAGUCCUGCUGAUAUCAACUAUGAUGAAUCUCUUUCUACUCUCAGAUACGCUGACAGAGCAAAACAGAUCAAGACAACUGCUUGUGUUAAUGAAGAUCCAACAGAGAAAUUAAUUCGUGAACUACAAGAGGAAAAUGAGAAAUUAAAAGCUAUGUUAGGAGGAAAUGUUAAGAUGGAGGAAAUGGAAGAAGAAUACAAGAGUAGAUUAGAAACUAAUGCUAAAGAAAUGGAAGAAAUGGCUAAAACCUUUGAAGAGAGGUUGAAGGAGGCGCAUGCUCAUGGGGGACAACAUGUAGCUGAAUUGAUUGAAAAAAAGAAGAAAGUUGUCCAUCUCUCAAAUUUAAACAUGGAUCCUCAAUUAACAGGUCAUAUUGUACUGUUCCUGGAGAAACCUGUAAUAUCAGUAGGAAAUGGCAAGGGAAUUGCGGAUAUUUCUAUAAGGGGACCAAGUAUUGUUGAUAAACAUGCUAUCAUUCGAGAAGAGAAAGGUGAAUACAGUAUAGAACCAGCAGAACCCAAUGUCCGAUUAUUGAGAAAUGGUAAACAGCUGGUCAGUAAAAUAGGUCUGAAAAAUAAUGAUCGUAUUAUUUUUGGUACGACUCAAUACUUCAUCUUUGUUAACCCUAAAGAUCCCAAAGCUAAAGAGGCUGUUGAAAUAACGUUUGAAAUGGCUCAAGAAGAAAUCGCCAAAAAAUCUGGAUUUGACGUCUCCUCGGAACAUAAAACAAGAGAUGAAGCAUUACUAAAGGAAGAUAUUGUGGAGAUGAUGCCAGCUGUAGAGGAAGCUAACUCAAUCAGUGAAGAGCUUGAUAAAAAGAUGAAGUUUGAAUUAAUGGUUGUCUCCCCUGAGGCUAGAGGAGAGUUGAGGGGUCGUACAGAGGUGAUGAUUCGGGUAGUAAAUGUAGAAACAAAACAUGAAUGGAUUUGGUCACACGAGAAAUUUAUGAAUCGUAAAUAUUUGAUGCAAGAAAUGUACCAGGAUUUUCUAGAAGAAGGGUAUGAUGAUUGGGACUUGCCUAAGGAUCGAGAUCCAUUUGCUGAAGAUUAUGAUUCAGAGUUUCAUAUUGGUUCUGUUAAAAUCUGGCUACAAUCUCUCUCGUAUCUUAUUGACAUCAAAGAACAGUUAGAUGUCACAGAUUUCAAGGGACAAGAAGUUGGUCUACUCAAUGUAAAGGUGAUACCGUGUGAUAAAAAAGGUAAAGAAUACUCAGAGGAAGAUGAUAUGUUUGUUAACUCACCGGAGGAACUGUUGGGGAAGGAUAUUAAUUUUGUGGUGAAGAUUGACAGUGCUAGAGGAUUACCUUCACAAUUUACUGAUAUGUAUAUAAAGUAUGUAGUUUACCGUGAAAAAAAGUAUACCUGUAGUAAUCCAAUUCAAAAUACUAUCAACCCAGACUGGAAACAUUCUCGAGUUGUCAACCUGGGUAAAGCUGAUGAAGAGAUUGUAGAGUAUUUGUCACAAAGUGCCAUCAUGGUACAGAUCUGGGGAAAACAAAAACCACCAAAAACAAAGAAGAAAAUCAACACCAAGGAUGCUAUAUUGUCUGAUGCAUUAAGAAAGGGUCAGGUCUCUGCUGCUAAUACCAAUACAAAGGUAGGCUCAUUCUACUUUGACAGUUUUUUUCCCUUUGUUUAUACAAAGAUAUAUGCCUUGUCAAUCUUUCUUACUCUUUUUCUCUCUACUAAUAUAAAUACAAAAUUAUACUAUAUACUGCUUGCUUUGGCACUGUUUCUUUUUCUCUUAUUCAAAGGCUCUAAAAAUAAAAGAAACAGUCAUUUAUUACAAGAAUAA